AUGGCCACCUUGUCACCUGCGCGUGCUCUCUCUUCCGAGACGAACACCGACGUCGCUGAUACUUUCUCACAUGUCGCGUCUUUGAGUUCGACGCCUCCCACUACAGUCGGCGACGGCAUGAGCAUCACUUCAGAAACUUCGAAGCAAGACAAUGUUCUUGAGUCGGCUGCAAUUGAGCUCACUGCUCUUGAGCACAGCAAUGCUGCAGCCCUACCCUCCGCCACCGAACCUCUUGAAGAACAAGUAGAAUGCGUGGUCGAAGCCAUCGAAGCCAUCGAAGCCAUCGAGGCCUACACUGAUGCGCCCGCUACUCCCGGCACAGCAGCGACUCCUGAAAUCACGGCCACAUCCUCUUCACGACCGCGAAGACAGCGGGAGAGUCUGCCCGUCUACAAUUUGUCAAGGCUAAGUGGCACUGCUAUCCAUGGAAAGAGACGCGCAAAUGGCGACAUCGUCGCCGACAAGAAGCGACGCACAAUCUCUGGAACAUUUGGGUUGGACGACGAAACCACCCAAUUUACCAGUGGCGCUACAAAGGCAAAAAGCACUUCGCCAAUGUCGAAAAAUGCAAAGAAGCGAGCUCUGUCACCGGAGCCUCCCAAACGUGCAACCCGAUCAACCGGCAUCCAGGUUGAAAGCUUGACCAAGAAGAUUUCUUCGUUCGGGAAGCGUGGCAAGAAAUCUCUCGAGCAAAGUCUAGGGAAGAUGUCACGCGAAAUGCGUCGCCUGCAAGACACGAAUGAAUUCUCGGGCAUUGACACCAAGCCCGUUCUCCAUACAGUCUGGGCCAAUGGCAAAUACAUUGACCCUAAAGCUGCAGUCGAGCCUCCUCGCAAGAGGACGAAAGUUGAGCCCGCAAAGGAGGAGGAGCUCACUACAAUCCCAGAAGUCCCGGCACCGAAGCAGCGCAAAGUCAAGAAGUGGCUCAGCCAUGGCCUAUACUCUGGUCAGGCUGCCCCACUCGAUAUCUCAAAACACCUCACCCCGAAUGAGAAGAAAGCCCUUGUCGACCUUCCAGAGCUUGUGCCGGCCGGCAAGGUCAAUGAAGUCCUGCCAAUGCCUAUAUUUACUGGUCUUAGAUUCUUGAUUCAAGGACGAGACUUCAAGCUACCAUAUAACAUCUGCAAUCCUCUUCCGUCUGGACAACCAAAGCCCGCUUCUUGGAAGCUGAUGACUCGAAACCGUUUCAUUGGUGAGGCUGGAGCUCUGUGGAAGAAAUCACCUCAUUUCAAGGACUACCAGUCCAAGUGUGUUUGCACACCGGAGGAUGGUUGCGCCGAAUCUUGCCAGAACCGUAUCAUGCUUUACGAGUGCGAUAGCACCAACUGUAAUGCCGGUGCUGCCAAUUGCCAGAACCGCGCUUUUGCCAAGUUACAAGAGCGCAUCAAGGCCGGUGGCAAGUACCGUGUCGGUGUUGAAGUUCUCAAGACCGAGAACAAGGGCUUCGGUAUCCGUGCCAACCGUUGCUUUGAACCUGGCCAGAUCAUUAUGGAGUACACUGGCGAGAUCAUCACGGAAGAGGAAUGUGAACGCCGCAUGGAGGAGAAAUAUAAGGACAACGAAUGUUAUUACUUGAUGUCGUUCGACCAGAACAUGAUUAUUGAUGCGACCACAGGCAGUAUUGCCCGCUUCGUCAACCACUCAUGUCAACCUAACUGUCGCAUGAUCAAGUGGAUCGUGUCUGGUCAACCGCGUAUGGCACUAUUCGCUGGUGAUCGCCCGAUUAUGACUGGCGAAGAGCUCACUUAUGACUACAACUUUGAUCCCUUCUCCGCUAAGAACGUGCAGAAGUGUCUGUGUGGUGCACCCAAUUGCCGAGGUGUACUUGGUCCCAAGCCCAAGGAGAUCAAGCCGCCCAAGGCUCCUAAGGAAGAUUUGAAGAAGGUCGUGAAGAAAGGCAUCAGUGCUGGCAAGCGAAAGCUGCAGGCAUUCCUUGGCGACGACGAUGAGACCGUGAGCAGUGUUGCAAAGAAGUCUAAGGUCAAUCUGGCGCCUGGCGCCAAGGCUAAGGGCAUCAAGGGCGCCCUCUCCAAGGUCAGUGCCAAAGCUGCAAAGGUUGUCAAGAAAAGCAUUUCCACCAUUUCCGUUAAGACCCCCGCGUCAGGUCGGAAGGUCACUAUCAAGCGCAAGUCAUCUGUAGUUAAGACCUACAGCAAGACGAAGGUCGCAGGAAGACUAUCUGUCACCCCCAAGAAGGCUGUUGCAGCCAAAUCCAACAAAGCUACACCAAUUAAGGGUACUGCGCUUACAGAUGCUACACCUAAGCGUGGCCGAGGCCGCCCUCGCAAGCAUCCUAUCGCAUCCGUUACGCCCCGAAAAGCCGCAGACAUAUCACGAGAUCCGAACCAGAUUCGUGUUGUCCAAUCUCCAACUGAGGCAGCCCAGGAGAACAUCCAGGAGGUCGCACAGGAGACCGCCUGA